AUGUCCUUAGAAAGAGAAGAACCAACACAUUUCGGUGCUGGUCCAGCACAAUUACCAACAGAAGUCCUUCAACAAGCUGCUAAAGAUCUAUUAAAUUAUAACAAUUUAGGUCUAGGUAUUGGUGAAAUUUCACAUAGAUCCAAAGAUGCCACUCAAAUCAUUGAGUCAUCCAAACAAAAUUUGAAAGAAUUAAUGAAUAUCCCUGAUACUCAUGAAGUUUUCUUCAUGCAAGGUGGUGGUACUACUGGAUUUUCCUCAUUGGCUACUAAUUUGGCUGCUGCUUACGUCGGGAAAACUGGUCAAAUUGCUAAUGCUGGUUAUUUGGUUACUGGUUCUUGGUCAUUGAAAUCAUUCCAAGAAGCAAAGAGAUUACAUGUCCCAUGUGAGAUUAUUUUCAAUUCGAAGGAUUUCAAUGAUGAGGGGAAAUUUGUGGAUAUCCCGGAUGAAUCAUUAUGGGAAGAUCGUGUUAAGGGGAAGAAAUUCUCCUAUGUGUAUCUUUGUGAGAAUGAAACUGUUCAUGGGAUUGAAUGGAAUCAAUUGCCUAAAUGUAUAGUGGAUGAUCCAAAUAUUGAAUUGGUAGCUGAUUUAUCAAGUGAUAUUUUAUCUAGGAAGAUUGAUGUUUCUAAAUAUGGUGUAAUAAUGGCAGGUGCUCAAAAAAAUAUUGGGUUAGCUGGUUUAACUCUAUAUAUUAUUAAGAAAUCUAUAUUGACAAAUAUCGAAAAAGUUGAUGAUACUUUAUUACAUGAAUUUGAUAUUCCUGUUACACCAAUUGCAUUUGAUUAUCCAACUGUUGUGAAAAAUAAUUCUGCUUAUAAUACUAUCCCAAUUUUCACUUUACAUGUUAUGAAUUUAGUCUUUGAACAUUUAAUUAAGAAAGGUGGUGUGGAAGCUCAAGAAAAGGAAAAUGAUGCAAAGGCUAAAAUAUUAUAUGAUAUAUUAGAUGCAUAUCCAAAUUUUUAUAAUUUACCUGUUAAGCCAAAUGCAAGAUCAAGAAUGAAUGUUGUUUUCACCUUGAAAAAGGAAGGUUUAGAUGAAAAGUUUUUGAAAGAUGCUGCGGAAAGAAAAUUAACUGGAUUAAAGGGUCAUCGUUCAGUUGGUGGAUUUAGAGCUUCCAUUUAUAAUGCAUUGACGUUGGCAAGUGUUGAAAAAUUAGUACAAUUCAUCAAAGACUUUGCAGUGGAAAACCAAUAA